AUGAGUUCUUUGUUUAAAAAUGGCAAGUUUAAAGGACUCGUUAAUUUCAAUCUACGUCAAAUGUAAGUAUAUUGAUUUGAUUUAUAAUUGUUCUUAAAAAAAUUUAGAAUUUAGAAAUAUUAGUGUUAUUGUUUUAAUUUUACAUGUUUGUUCACCUACAUUAUGAUUCCAAUUUAAUUGGGUAGUUAUUAUUGAAAAUGUAAGAUUCCAUAAUAACUAGGUUUCAACUAUUAUUACCUGUAUAUAUUUUUCAAUAAAAUUAUUAGGUAUAUUAAAUACCUUGUCAUUGUUGGUGUCAUCGUGGUAGGAAAGCCUAAUUAUUGCAUGUGUGUUUUCGAUAAAUUAAUUGUUACACUCAAUUAUGGUUGGUGACACUAAAAUAGAAUAAUCAAAUCGAAUUUAUUUGUAAUAUCAUCAUUUACUUUUAAAUUUGUAAAAUACACGCAUGUGCAAUAUUACUUUUUUAAUGUAAGCAGUUUAUUUUUCGUAUUUAUGAAAUAUUUGUUAUGUCUCUUUCACAUUUUAUUUUCGGGUGCAGCAUUUACGAAAUAAUAUUUGUCUCGCUCCUGUAAAUCAUAAUACAAAUCGAUCAGUUUUUAAUUGUAUUUUGCAAUGAUCGAACUGCAGAUGUUCAAAUAAAUAUAAAUUUGAUAACCAUAUCGGGUAAUAAUAAUAUUGUUAGGUACUUUAAACGUUAUUUUUCGUUUUAUUUGUUUGAAUAAGUAUAUAAUUCGUAAAUUCGUUAAAUUUGUAUCAAUGAAUUUAUUAAAAAAUUGUUUGAAAAAACCCGAUUUAAAAUGUAUUCUGUAGAAUGAAUCUGUUUUGAUUUUAUCAAUCCCAUAGUAUUAAAAUCACUUUAUUCUUUUAUUCGGUCAGUACUCGAUCACAAUUCAAUUGUUUGGUUCCCACACACAUCGCGUCUGGCUAGUGCUAUUGAAAAAAUCCAGAAUCGCUUUUUAAAGUUUUCCGCUUUUAAAUAUGGUGUUCAAAGAUAACAACAUUCAUCAUAUUUAACUUUACUUUUAAUAACUAGAUUAGAAACUUCAGCGCUCAGAAGAGUACGAUCUGACCUUUAUUUUGUUUUUAAAUUACUUAAUGGUUUUAUACAUUAUUCUAAAUAAUUAAUAGCUAAUAGCACAAUUUGACGUUUUAGUCCCGGUUUGUCAUACUAGACAAUCAAAUACGUUUUAUGUGCCAUUCCGUCGUCGUGUUAAUUACUCUCAAAACGCUGCGGUAGUAAAACUAAUGAGCUUUGUAAAUAAAUUUGAUGUCAAUUUAUUCUGUAAUAAUAAUAUGUUAUGUUUGUUUAAUGUAUACGUUAAUAACUUUUUGUUCAGUUUAUGAUAUAUUCUUAACGAUUAUUGUAUUUCAUAACUAAUUACCAUGUGUUACUAAAUUUGAUAUCAGAUAUUAAAUGCAACAUUGUAUUAUAUUUUUCAUUAGGCUUUACUCGUUUAAAUAAAUAAAUAAAUAAUCUAAAAAUAAUAAAAUAUAACUAAUAAAAAAAUUGAUAGACACGAAAAAUAUCGACUUACUAUUUGGUACGCGUAAAUUAAACAACGAUAUUUUACUUCUUACUUUUUACCUAUGUACUUACUCGAAUAAAAUAAUUAAAUUCGUUUUCGAAAUAAUUACUUACACAUAAUCAUAUGCAUUUAUUUAGUAUUUAUAUAUUUUCGAGAAAACGUCAUUGGUCGAAGUGUAGUUAUUUACAUGGUGUUUCAAAAAGUUCACUUAAAUCGAGUACAAUCGGAGGAAUAUUCGAUGACGCGGUGCGAAAAAAUCCUGAUCGAGAAUACUUGGUCAGUCGACACGAAAACAAAAGGUACACGUACGCCGCUAUGGAUUCUGAGGUCAGUAUGAACACUUUAAACAAAUUUAAUUUUUGAUUUUAUUGGGCCAUAUGGACUUUAGAUAAAAUAAUUUUAUUUUUAUGCGGUCUUCCGUGUGAUGUAAAAAUACUAACGUACCUUCUGUGAAAUUCUCUUAUAAAUAUAACAGUUUUAAUUAUGAUUUAUUUCACACCCGCACACCCGCAGUAAACCUAAUAUAGCGUGGCCAGGAUUAACUUCUUUAAAUCAGUGAAUACGAUAUCGACUUGAAGAUUUGAUCCAAUCAUCGUCAUAAAGAUGGUUUCAAAUAUCAUGUUGUACAUCAAUUAUCUAUAUAAUAAUUGUCGAGAUAUUAAAAUUCCCUUGUUAAAAUCUCACUAAAAUUAAAAAAACAAAACAAAUUAUCCAUAUCUAUAUUUCAAGUUGUCAUUUAAGAAUAAAAAAGACGUCUUAGGAUAAUGAAGACGGGUGUAGCCAUUGUUUUAGGUAAUUGAAUAUAUAUGUGUUAGCAACGAUAAACCAUUGUUAACGAAAAAACCAUUCUGAGUGCAGUUCAGUUGAUAGUGAUGCUUUGUGAACAAUAUACAUAUGUCAUAUUAUGGUAAAAUAAUUAAAUAUGCAUUAUAUUAUUUUCUUUAAUAAUAUUUGUUUAAUAUUGUAUCGAUUUUCCAGGUUUUCCUAUGUUUUAUCUUGGUUUUUCACAUUUGCUGGGAAAACUCUAGGGAAAAUCGAAAAAUGACAUCUCUAAAGUACCUUCCCAGUCGAAUUUCCUUUCAGAAAAGAAAAGUUGUACACAGAAAAAAAAAGGCCAUAAUAUUUUUUUUACUAAUACCUACAUUUUGUACAUUUUUCGUUUUUCCGACAUUUUAUUCUGGUUUUUCCCAGUUAUUAUAAAAAUCGAUCGAAAGAUCACAAAAAUAACCUCCCUAAAAUACGGAGAUAAAACUUACUUUCCGAAAAUAAGCUAUACUUGAUAUAUGGGAGCAAUAUUUCUGGUAGAAAAGUUUGCACAACCAAUCGAGGGGGAUUUUUCGAUUUAAAUCGUUCGAGCGAGCAAUAGCUAGGUCUCUAGGUACACCCAAAAUGUAUUUGUUUUUCCCUAUUUAAGUAAAAGGGGAAAAAAAGUGCAUACAACUUCGUUUCAAACUCCGGGUUUGAACCUGCCACUUCUAGUAAGACAAUAUGUAUUCAUGACCAUUUAACUACAACAAACAUAUAGUAACGAAGACAAUAUGGUUAUUUAACAUAAAAAUGUAAAAUCUGUAUAAUAUCUGAACCUCAAAAAGUUAUAAUUUCAAAACUUAUUCAGUCCGCUCAGUUCCAACUUUACCAUUCUUCUUAAAUUGACAAUAAAUAUAAGUUCGAAAAAAAAAAAUUGAAAAAUUAGAUUUGUUUCUCAUAAUUUUUUACUCAAACAAUUUUCGUUAAAAUGUAGUAUCAAGAUUCCUUUAUAAAAAAAAAAUACUACAUUAAACUCAUUUUUUUUUUUGUACCAUAAAGAAAGAUUUAAUGAAUCUCCUAUUAAAUUUUCAAGCAUAUCUGUUAAGUCUAAAAAUGUUACCACAACUCUGUAGAUACUCCCUUACAAUAUACAAAUUACGUACAAAACUCACAAAAUUAAAAUGUCUAUAAAUAGCUCAAAAAUGGCUUACAAUUUUUUGAAAAUAUUUCCACUUUUAGAAAAGGCAAAUAUAAAUUUUUGUCUAAAUUUCAAGUCUCUACGAAUAUUUUAAACUGAGUUACAACAAAUAACACAAUUGAUAAAAUAAUAAAAGCAUUAAUUUCGUACAUUUCCCGUUUUUCUUAAGUUUUAUCUCGGUUUUUCCCAGAUAUUAUAAAAACUGCUUGGAAAAUUAAAAAAUGACCUCAUAAAAGUACCAUCUGGACAACAUUCUCUUUCAGAAACGGUGCUGCGCGUAUAUAUCUGAGUAAGAUUUAUGGUCGAGCUUUUGUACACAGGAUAAAAAAAAUAAAAAAUUUAAGAAUUUAAAAUGAUUAUUAUAGUUACACAUAUAACUAACUUCAAAAAUUAAAUUAUUUAUAAUUAUUGUUACACAUUACACACCAACACGCCCUGAAAUAAUAAAAUGUUAAGUAAAAAAAAAUCUUCCCACCUAUACGGCGCAUACAUUUUCAUUUUUAUUUUUAACAUGUACAAUUGACACGAAUUAUGUCAACACGCAACAAUAAUGAACAAACGUGAUAUAUAUUAUACCUUUUAAUAUUUUAUUUGCGAACUUUCGUUUUUACAGGUGAACAAGCUAUGCAGGAGUUUCAAUGCCGUCGGACUUAGACGAGGUGAUCGGCUUGGAGUAUGGUUGCCUAAUUGCGCGCUUUUCUAUUCUGCAUUAAUAGCAGCAGCUCGUCUAGGAAUAAUUUCGGUAAAACGCGUAGACAAAUUUAAAUUCAUUAUUUUUCUGACUUUACCUUCAUUUUAUUUAUUAUGGAACUUGUUGAAUGUUGGCUUACGAUCCGUAUAACCUAUCAGCCAUCAUCAUUUCAGGUUACUAUUAAUCCUGCGUAUCAAAGCGACGAGUUAAAACACAGUUUAACACUAGCAGGAGUUAAGUGCUUAGUGACCAUGGAGACAUUUAAAACUCAAAAUUAUCCCGCAAUAAUAGAACAAAUCGAUCCGGAAAUUUGGAAACGAUCGCCAAACACGCCGGUCGAGUCCAAAACAUUACCACUGUUGGAAACUGUUGUUUUUAAUACCGAGAAUCUUAUAAAGUUAGAAACAGUGAUAUUAUUUUCACACGAACAAUAAAUUAUUUAUAUUACUUAUGCAGUUUGGUAAUAACAUAAUGGUGUUUUUUACAGCGGUGCUUAUAAUUUAGAAUCAUUCUAUGAUUUAGGUUCAAGUAAAAAUUAUGUUAUUCCUAAUGUUCAGACCGACGAGGGAUGUAAUAUUCAAUUUACUUCAGUAAGUAAAACAGUUUAAGUACUUGUUGUUAUUCGUUUUAUUAAGAUUUAAAUAUCUUUAACUUUUAAGCAGGUAGGUGUAUAAUAAUACUAUUAGUUAGUAUCUUUUUUAGCUUUAAAGACUGUUAAUAUCUAUCAUUACUUUCAACCACUUCAUAUAACACAAUAUUUUAAAAUUUUUUAAAAUGUUUUCAUUUUAUUGUAGAAAUGAUAAAUGAUUGUUUAAAUUAUGUACAAAAAUUAGUAUGUAUAUAAUUGUAAUUAUGUAUAUUGUAUAUUUCGCAAAAGAAUAAUUUGUCGAAUUUUAUGAAAAACUAAUCAUAUAUUGUCUGAAUUAAUCUAAAACUAUGUACAAAAAAAAAUGUAUGCUUUCAGGGUACUACUGGCGGCAAGCCAAAAGCGGCCUUACUAAACCACUUUAGUAUGAUAAACAAUAUGUACUUCACCAUGAAACGGCUCGGAAUUUACGAAUAUGUCAGUAUAGAGUAAUAUUAUAAACAACUUGAAUAGUUAUACGAUUAUCAUAUUUAUUACACUAAUUGUAUUUUCAAAAUAAAUCCAUAGGAUGUGCUACAUAAAUUUUGUUGUCCAAUGCCGUUGUUUCAUAUUUUUGGUUUAUCAGCCGCAAUCCUUGGGUCCAUGCUUACAAAGUCAACAGUAUACUUGCCGUCAGCACAUUUUGAACCGAAAGCCACGGUCGAUGUUAUAACUAAAGAAAAGUAAAUUAUUUUAAUACCUACUCAUAUUCUAGUCUAGGCGACAUGUUUAAAAUCUAUAUUUUUAUUUUGAUAAAUCAAUAAUACUUUUGAGUUAGUUUAGAUUAUGAUAGGAUAGAAAAUAUCGAAUCAUCGACUGAAUAUCGCAUGGAAUAAAUAUCGCCAGUAUGAAAUAUAGCAGUAAUUAAAUUAUAAAUAAAUAAUAUUGAUUACUAAUUGAUAUUUUAUAAUAAUUAUAAACAAUUUUGUAUACUUUAAAGUGCAUAAUAUUUUUACAUUAAUAUAUAGUAGAAUUGAUGAAAAUGAUAAAAAUACGUAUAAUAUAAUAAAAUUGAUAAAAGUAUUAAAAAAAAAAAAAAAAAUAUAUAUAUAUGUAUAUUAAGUAAUGGAAGUAUAUAUUAAAUGAAAUACCUCGAAGAUAAUCUUUAAACUCUCUAUUAUGAUAAUCUGCUACUACUUUCUUUACUCGUUCAGUCCAACUGACUGCCUUGUUCUUUUUAUUUGGCGUAUUUGGAUUUCCCACUAAACUUUGACCUAUUUUUAAUUUCUGUUAGAUUUUGUUGACAUCUCAAACCAUUUAUACAUUUAUAUUUUGAAGUAAUUGUAUUUGUAUUUUGUACGAUAUCUUAUAAAAAUACCGGGACACAAUAUGAUAUAAUAAAAUAAUAUUUAAUAAUUAAAUAUAAAUAUGUAAUUGAAACAAUAUUUAUACAAAGCUCAAAUAAAAAUGGACUAAAAACAAAAACAUAGAAUGUUUUAAAUAGUAAUAUUAUUUAUUUUACCUUGAAAUCAGCACCAUCUUUUUCUUUUGUAAAAGUUAUGAACUAAUACAUUUUUACUUUUUGCAGUUUUUAAAAAAUUAAAUUCUAUUUAAAAUUUUAAAAAAAAAAACAAUAAACUUUAAAACUUUAACUGUAUUAAAGUAUAAAAUUGUAAAAGCGUUAGUCACAGUGACAGUACAAAGUAUUUCUAUUUAUAAAUUAUGAAAUGAAAGACUAGUAUACUUGAAUGCAUUGUUAGGUAAAAGGAAUAAGAUAAGAUAAGAUAAAGUUAAAUAGAGUAUCCAGACGCGAUAAUAAUGUAUGGCGGUAUUAUUUUUUUACGAUAUUUUAUACUUUAGGCGAUAUUUUGUCGGGGUACCGAAGACAUCCACUGCAUAACAAGAAAAUUCACCACUAUUAAUAUUAUUUAAUAAAUAUUUAAUAUUAUAUAGAUGCACAUUUUUCUUUGGUACUCCGACAAUGUAUGUGGAUAUAAUAUCUAUUUUUGAAAAACUCUCUUCAGAACAACGAGAAAAUGACGUAAGAUUGGCAAUAACCGGCGGUGCUCCAUGUUCGCCAAAUUUGAUGAACAAGUUUAAGAAAUUAUUUCCAGGCGUUACACUUACGGUUAAACAUUAAACAAUAAUAUUUUACACUUAAUAGUCUAUUCAAUUUUCUGACAUCUCAAAUGCGAAUAAUUUUAGUCGGUGUUCGGGAUGACAGAAACUAGUCCAAGCACAUUUCAAAACUUACCGAACGACACGGAUGAACGAAUACUGUCGACAGUUGGUCGUAUACACGAUCAUGUGGAGGUAAAAUAAAACUAUGUAUUUCAAGCAUUCUGAUUUUGUUAAAAUUAUAUUAAAACGAAAAUAAAUGAUACACAAAUAAGGGCUAAGGGUUUAGGCCUGUAAGGGCAUACCAUUAUAGAUAAUUGCCCACGUGACCUACAUCUGUAUUAGUAUAUUGGAAUAAUGAUAUGUGUUAUUAAAAAAAAAAAAAAAUCAAAGGCCGAAGUUCUUUUUAGGCGAAAGUAGUCGACUCAAACGGUGAUAUGGUACCGUUCGGAACUCCCGGGGAAUUGCUUAUACGCGGAUAUGUUACUAUGAUUGGUUAUUUUAACGACGCGGAAAAAACAAAGGAAACGAUCGACUCAACAAGAUGGCUGCGUACGGGGUAAAUAAUUGUUCAUCCCGUAGUAUUACAUUUUCAUUAACCAUAGUAUUUACAAUUAUUGUUCACCUAAUAUUAAUAACUAUAGUGACCAGUUCGUUUUGCAUGAAGAUGGAUAUGGUAUGGCCGUUGGCAGAAUAAAAGAAAUCAUUAUUCGUGGUGGUGAAAAUAUAUUUCCAGUAGAAAUUGAACAUUUCUUGGAGGUGCAUCCAUUAAUUUUACAAGCUCAAGUAACCAUACAGUUAUAAAUACGUAUAUAUAAUAAAUUUCAUAAAUAAUUAAUUCAAUAAAUUGAAACAAAAUUCAAAAAUAUUAAUUUUAUGUUGCGUUAAAUAUAAUGAUUUUUGUUGAAAAAACAAUCACGAAGUAAUAAGAGUAAUGCAAAUAAAUAUUUAUAAAGCACUAUUUUUCUUUUUAUAAUAGUAAAUGAGUGUGGGUAUGUAUUGUAUUGUAAAUUCUAAAAUAUUCUAUUUAUGGCUUUUCAGGUUUAUGGUGUACCAGAUGACAGAAUGGGUGAAGAAGUGUGUGCCAGUGUCAUAGUAAAAGAAGGCGCAACAUUCACGGAAGCUGACAUAAGAGCAUACAGCAAAGGAAAGGUUAGUUUUUACUUCAUUGCUUUGUGGGUAAUUUACGUCACAAUAAAUAUAACGUAGUUAGUAAACAUUUUAUUAUUUUAGAUAGCCCAUUUCAAGAUACCCAAAUACAUAUUUAUUGAAAAAAAUGAAUUUCCCAAAACAGCAUCUGGAAAAGUACAAAAAUCAAAAUUAAAAGAAUUAGCUUUGCGACGGAUUUCUACUUGA